AUGAAAGAGACCUCACUAACACGAAAGUCCAGGCAUAAAUCGAAGUCACCAAAAAGAAAGAAGAAGCGCCGUGAAACUUCGGAUUCCAGCUCGUCGUCUUCUUCAUCGUCGUCCCCUGAUCAAGGUAGUAAAUCAGCGACGAGGAAAAGGAGGACAGCCUCGACGUCGGAUAGAAAGAACAGCUUCCAGGGCGCAAGUGCUGGCCGAUCGAAGUCUCAGUCUGAGUCUCACUCUUCCAAAACUAGGAGAAAGAAAAAAAGGAAAAG